AGGAGCUGCCGUCUCCACGCCAUGAGUGAGCCGGCGCUGCAGCGGAGACCGCCCAGCUUGCGCAGGAACCCGAAGGAGCGGACGGUGAGCCCGGGGUGGACAGGCUGCGCCGGUCUGGACCACCUGCAGCAGGUGGGCGCGUGGGACGGUUUAGAAGAUAAUGUGCCCAACGUGCCCAGGGAAGACACUGUGAAAGUGAAGAGACCGCGUGCCGAGGCUUCAUUGGGUGUUUUAACCCAAAAGUUUAUGGAUCUCGUCAGAGCUGCUCCUGAUGGUGUUCUGGAGUUAAACAUGGUUGCAGCGGCACUGGGCGUAAGUAAACGAAGAUUGUAUGAUAUCACCAAUAUCUUAGAUGGAAUCAGUCUCAUUGAAAAACAAUCUAGGAACCAUAUUCGAUGGAUAGGAUCUAGUUUUAGUGGUGUGGAAGAAGAUUCUCAACAGAAAAAGCUACGGGAGGAAGUUGCUAACUUGUCGGCAAUGGAAGAUGCUCUGGAUGAGUUGCUUAAGGAUUGUGCUGAGCAGUUGUUUGGGCUCACAGAGGACAACGAAAACAAAAGACUAGCAUAUGUGACAUAUGAUGAUAUCAAUAGGAUUCCAGCUUUCUGUGAACAGAAUAUUAUUGUAGUUAAAACUCCCUCAGAAACCGUGUUGGAUAUUCCACCUCCGGGAGAAGACUCUAUUGCAUUACAUCUAAGAAGCACCGACGGACCUAUUCACUGUUAUUUCUGUCAAGUGGAAAAGGAUCAAUCAAGUGAUGAGAUGUCUGAAGGUGCAGAGGCCACUUCAUUUGAAAGCUAACAUCCACAACACCUUGAUAAAGAAGAAAAUACUCCACAGCAAAGUGAGGAGUUGCUUAUAGCUGGCAACUGAUAGCAUUUGACAAUUUGUGUGUUGAGUUUUGGGGAAAUAGCCUAUAUGGGUGAAUUCUGCAUCAGCUUUUAUUCUCAGAGCAAUAAAUCCAUGAAGUUCUCUCAUUUUCAAUUAGUAGUAACAUUAAGGCCAGUAGUAUCUUUGAGUGGUUCAGUACUUAAAUUACUGAUAGCUAUGGUUUCUGCAUUCAAAAAUGAAACUUGUACGCAUCCACUGCUAGUGGAUAACUACAGUUCUCCUUUUGUCAGUGAAAUAAACAUUUUGCCUACUGAAAUGACUUUAUCACAGGACUAUCACUAAAGCAGAGAGGACUGAAAUGGACAAUUCUUCAGAGACUCUGCCUUUUCCUUCAUGGGUUUUGUGUUGGUAUCACAAUUAGCUGUUGUGUGUCAGGUGGGUGUGCACACCCAUGUAAAUGACUUUGUAUAUAUCUGUAUACUGUCUGGAUUACUGAUGAAAAUGUCUGAGUGAAACUUUUCACCCUUGUGCAUCAAGAUAAUGUACAUGUGGAAAAUAGCACAAAUUUUCUAAUUUCUGUGGUAUCCAUAAUAUUUCAUUAGAAUCCUCUGAAUGAAGGUUAGAGGAGUUUUAUUUUUCCCCCCAAAACUACAUUUAAAAGUAUCGCAGAUGUGUUGUGCAUUUAAGUUCAUAAGUUCAAUUAAAGUGUGUGAGUGUGGUUAACAAACAAUAAAAUAAUUAUA